AUGGGAGCUCCGGCCUCUGCCGGGGCGACCUCGACGGCCACGGGAAGCCAACCGACCCGGUCCUCGAGCACCCAUCCGUCGCACUCUCACAAUGUACCCCUGAGCGCUCGCAGGUCAGCGCCUCUUGACCUUUCUACAGUCGAACGGCGUGGACAGCCGAACAACCCCAGAGAGCCAUCGAAGCGCAUUCGUCCCCAUGGCAUCCCAGAAGCCCCGACCUUUCGUCCGACAGAGGAAGAAUUCAAGGAUCCAGUAGCCUACAUCCAGAAGAUUGCACCAGAGGGGAAAAAAUAUGGAAUUUGCCGUGUGAUUCCACCAGAGGGCUGGCAGCCGACUUUCGCGAUUGACACAGAGCGAUUCCAUUUCAAGACUCGUCGACAAGAGCUCAAUUCCGUCGAAGGAGGCAAUCGCGCGAACAUGAAUUAUGUUGAUGGACUUGCUAUGUUCCACAAGCAACAUGGCACUAAUUACAGCCGGCUACCCAGUGUUGAUAAGCGCCCAUUGGAUCUCUACAAGCUCAAAAAGGCAGUAGAGACUCGUGGUGGUUUCGAGUCCGUCUGCAAGACCAAAAAAUGGGCCGAAAUCGGUCGCGACCUUGGAUACAGCGGCAAAAUUAUGUCUUCCUUGUCGACUUCGCUCAAAAAUUCAUACCAGCGCUACUUGCAGCCAUAUGAGGAAUAUCUGGCACGGGCCAAACCGGGUGUUCAACAACAACUUGAGCUUGAGCAUGGGGGUCCAUAUACCCCUUCACCUCUCCAAUCUCCCAUGACUCACAAGCCCAUGGUGGAUGAGAAUGGUACGCCCUCUAAAAUGCGCGACGAAACUCCUAGUCUGCCUCGGAUGGCUGCUUCGCAUACUCCCAUGGCUUAUACCCCAAUGGCGCAUACCCCCAUGGAAAAAUCGCCAGAGAAGCCAACACCUCCCGUCGAACCUACUCCUCCUCCAGCUUCGCGUCCUGCCGCUACAGGCUUUACUCCUGUGAACUCUGCUCUCGGUGGAUUCACCGCCGUCAAUCAUUCUCCGUUCACCCCUGCGAACAACGGCCCGCAAAUUAAGCGCGAAGGAGAGAACGGCACGUUAACACCUAAUGUUUUUUCCGAGCAUACCUUCGUCUCCACACCCAUGAACGGACAAGAUGGGGAGACUAUGAAGCGUGCUAUCAGCCGCGAGGACAGCUCUCAGGGGGAAACUGGCGAUGACGAUGGCGGAAGUGGCCGACGCAGCAAGCGCCUCAAGAAAGAUUGCCUCCCAACAGUUGCAGGUUCUCACAUGUCGCUCCUUCGUCCGGCGCCACCUAAAGCACGCAAGGAUGGCUCUCAACCCGCAGGAGAGAAAUGUGAGACUUGUGGCAAAUCGGAUGAACAACAGUCAAUUCUUGUUUGUGACGGUUGUGAGCUUGGGUAUCAUAAGGCGUGCCUCGAUCCAUCUACUACGACUCUAUCGGAUCAUGAUUGGCACUGCCCCAAGUGUUUAGUCGGCACUGGAGAAUUCGGAUUUGAAGACGGCGGUGUCUACUCGCUCAAGCAGUUCCAAGAAAAGGCCAACGAAUUCAAGAAGAAGUACUUUGCUUCCAAAAUGCCAUUCGACCCGGUUCUGAAUACCCAUCGACGUGAAACCGAGGAUGACGUGGAGGCUGAAUUCUGGAAGCUGGUGGUUGAUUUGCACGAGACGGUGGAAGUUGAGUACGGCGCGGACAUCCAUUCAACCACCCAUGGAAGUGGAUUCCCAACCAUCGAGCGUAACCCACUUGAUCCAUAUUCGUCUGAUCCUUGGAACUUGAACGUACUUCCUUUCUACGGUGACUCGCUGUUCCGUUACAUCAAGUCCGAUAUCUCUGGCAUGACCGUCCCAUGGGUCUAUGUUGGGAUGUGUUUCUCGACUUUCUGCUGGCAUAACGAGGAUCAUUAUGCCUAUUCGGCCAACUACCAACAUUUCGGCGCUACCAAGACCUGGUAUGGAAUUCCAGGUGCUGAUGCGGAGGCUUUCGAGGCGGCCAUGCGUGAUGCUGUUCCAGAACUUUUCGAAGGACAGCCCGAUCUCCUUUUCCAGCUUGUUACCUUGAUGCCACCAGACAAACUCCGUAAGGCUGGCGUUAACGUUUAUGCCGUGGAUCAGCGCGCUGGUCAAUUCGUUCUCACAUUCCCUCAAGCGUAUCAUGCCGGAUUCAACCAUGGCUUUAAUUUCAACGAAGCAGUCAACUUUGCGCCUGCCGACUGGGAGCCUUACGGUGCAGCGGGCGUUGACCGUCUUCAGAAUUUCCGCAGACACCCAUGCUUUUCCCACGAUGAACUGCUCCUUACAGCUGCUGCGCGUGAUACUUCGAUUGCCACUGCUAAGUGGCUUGCGCCUGCACUAGCAAGAACUUGCGCUCGAGAAUUAGGCGAACGAGCCACUUUCUUGUACCGGCAGAAGGAAGUCGCUGCUCGUACCCCUGGGUUUGGCCCUGAUUCCAUGGCCGACGAUGCACAGCCAAAAUUCGUAGUUGAGAAUGAAGACCUUCCGGAGGAUGAUUAUCAGUGCCAACAUUGCAAAGCAUACGCUUACCUCACCCAGUUCCGUUGUCACAAAUCAGGCAAAACCGUCUGUUUGUCACACGUGGAUACCUACGACUGCUGUGGCGAGACACUUGCACAAAAGUUGUGUGGCCCGGGCCACACUUUGCGUUUCCGCAUGAGUGAUGAAGAAUUGCAGGGACUCGUCCAGAAAGUCCAAGAACGAGCCAGGAUCCCGGAAGCCUGGUCCGAAAAGCUCGACAAGACCCUGGAGGAUGAACCGAAGCCCCAGCUUAAGGCCCUUCAUAACUUGCUCAAUGAAGGUGAGAAAAUCCCAUACCACUUGCCUGGCCUCCAAGAUCUUGCGGCCUUCGUCCAGCGUUGCGAUAAAUGGGUUGAAGAAGCCAACAACUACAUUACCCGGAAACAACAAAACCGGAGAAAAAACGAGAAGGCUUGGCGCAGAGGCAGCACCAAGGCUGCGCAGCUGGACGAUCGCGAUCGCGAAGUCCGCAGAAUUGAACACAUCUACGCCCUUCAGGCAGAGGCUGAUAAACUUUCGUUCGACUGUCCACAGAUGGCGGCGUUGGAAGAGAAAACCCGCGAAAUCGAGAAAUACCAACAGGAUAUUAAUACUACCCUGAUGAACCCACAUAGCCGGCCCCUCCAGGAGAUUGAAGAACUUAUCGAAUCCGGCAAAAAUUUUAACGUGGAAGUCCCGGAACUGGAACACCUGGAGCAAGUUUCCCGCCAAAUCAAAUGGAUCGAACAAGCCGCCCGCAGACGAGAUCAGUAUAUGACCCUUAACGAUUGCCGGGAACUCGUGGCCGGUGCAGAGAAGCUAGGUCUUUCUGAUACAAACGAACAUUUAGUCCACUUCAAAGAACUUGCUCGCCACGGUGAUGCGUGGGAAAUGAAGGCCAAGGAAUUAAUGUCGGUCGAAGCCGUUCACUAUCAACAGCUAGAGGCCCUAUCUGCGCAGGCCUCUCGUUUCCCGGUUUCACCCGAUACUCUCUCUGCUGUGGAUGCUAUCUUGACCAAGCAGCGUGAGGCACAAAAGCGGAUCCAGACCCUAUACGAAAAGAGCAAGGACCCCGAGAUGAAGAACCGACCUAAGUACAAGGAUAUCAGAGACCUUAUGGAAUCUCUCGAGCAUUUAACAAGUCGACCUAUUGGAGCAAUUGACCUGGAACGUGAGCAAAAGCGGCAUGAAGACUGGAUGCGAAAGGGCAAGAAGCUGUUUGGGAAGGCGAACGCUCCUCUACAUAUCUUGAAAUCCCAUAUGGAAUACGUUGAAAGGCGGAACUCAUACUGCUUCGAUCUAGAGGACAGUUACCGACCGCCCGUGGAACCAUCAUCUCGAGACAAUUCGCCUGAAGGUUUACUCGAGACUCCUGGCAAUCCGAACAUGUGGGGACCAAAAUCACGAAAGCGAGAUGUGUUCUGUAUCUGCAGGCAUUCUGAAGCAGGGAUGAUGAUUGAGUGUGAGGUCUGCCACGAAUGGUACCAUGGCAAAUGUUUGAAAAUUGCUAGGGGUAAGGUAAAGGAAUUUGACAAAUACACCUGUCCAAUUUGCGAUUGGCGUCAGAAGAUUCCCCGUGAUGCUGCCCGUCCCAAGCUUGAGGAUCUCCAGGAUUGGCACGCUGAAAUCGCAACUUUGCCUUUCCAGCCCGAGGAGGAAGAGGUACUCGAGAGUAUCAUCAACCAAGCGACGGCCUUCCGCGAUUUCCUGCAUGGCUUCACCAAUGCUGCCUGCACAACGACCGAGGAAGUGCCUACUUUGAUAUUCUACCUGCGCAAAAUUGAGGGUGCCGAAGUUCUCCUUACGUUUGAGACGAAUUUCUUCCGCCAAGAGAUACAUAAGUGGGCACCUGUCGCACCGGAACCUCCUCCAAUUCUGGAACAAUCUCUGUCGACCCGAAAACCACGACCGACCAAGCAGCAGAAAAUCAUGGCCCAGCUUGGAGUGAAUCGUCCAGAGGAUCUCCCCGAGCAUCUUCGACCCAAGCACAUCGGCUCCACCAAGCGGAAAUCAGUCGAUACCCAGUCUCACUUAGGUCCUAGUCACGGUGUACCCUUGCAACCAGCACCACCAUCUUCCAGUGGCGGACCAGCUUCCAGCACAGGUCCAACAUUGGCUCAAUUGUCGGAUCCAAAUGCUGCUCCAUACCCCUUUUCAGCCAAUUAUUCUUUGCCUGCCAGCGAUUCUACGCCUGCAUUUGCGCCUACCUCAUCAUCUGCCUUCCUCCCUCACGCAGCCGCCUCUCAAUCUCCAUCAUUCCUGCCUCGGUCACCUCCUCCGCCACAAGAUAUGGAAACCUCACUUUUCAGUCCUCCUCGCUUUGGUCAUGAGCCUCAGUUUGCGAGCAGUAGCCCUCGCCAGAAUCUUGACGACGUGUUUGCAGACUUGACGAAUCAAGAGAUUGACCCUGAAGCCGAGCCACAACCGAUGGAAAAUACUCAUGCCAAUGAGGCCCUAGAGGCGCUCGUCGUUAGCAAUGGCAGUAGUCGUGCUCCUUCUGUCCAAGAUGAUUCAGGCCAACCUAAUGAACCUGGUGUGCCGCAAGGUGAGCCCAAACUCGAGGGUACCAAUGGAGUCCUCGAGGACGAGGAGCUUUAA